AUGAUAACGAUAGCUCCAUUGGACGGAUUCAAAGGAGGAGGAGGAAGAUAUUAUACAGAAGUCACACUUUCAUCUCAUCCUCACAUCGAAGCUUCUGUUAUGCGUGCUAUCACGGAUAUAGUGGUCGAAUGGAGGCGAAACGUGCUGGGAAGUCGAUGUCCACCUCUUGAUUCGAGUUCUGUUGCUGUACGAAAUCUUGUAACGAUCUUCGAUUUUUUCCUCUCUUAUGGAUUUAACAGUGGCAACCGACUAUACUGGUUAUUUGUGAAAGAGUUCAUGUCACGUAACGAAACUGAGUAUCUGAAACGGGAAUGGCGUGUCACUUCAGCGCGACAACUAUCAGUUGCAUGGCUCAAGGAUGUUCUCAAUAAACAGACAUUGCUAUACCUUUUUCAGUCUUUUCAACAAGAUUUAGAAACUGUUCGAAAGUUCUACCACAGGGAAGCUGUGAUGGCAAAUCAACCUCUACUUUCCCGCAUUGUACAGAAAAUGAUGGAUUUUUCUGAAGUUCAAUUCAAAUUUUUGAAACCUUUUGAAAAACAUAACGACAUUCCAAUAGCAGUAAUGCGUCUGUCAUUUGGUGAUCAGCGACCGUCAACGUCAAAUGAUAGUUUGGCUGUUUUAUCCAAGCAUUCACAUGAAGAACAAAGCCAUUCAGUAAUUCACCAAGGAUCUCGAGCAGAAUUUUCAACACAUUCUCAGGAUGUCUCGUCAUUAUUGCUUGAUAUACCAUUACCAGAAGAUUUCGUGGAAACUCAUACUACGACAUUUGAUGAAGAUAUCGCUAUACUAGAAAACGACCCUGAUAAAAUUUUUGGUGAAUUGUUGAAACGUAGAAAAAGUGAAUCAUCAGAUGUUAUCCAUGGUUGUAUUCCAAAAGAAGAUGGACUGAAGAACGCUGUGGAUGAAGAAGGACAUGUUAGUUAUGAACAGAGAAAAUCUGAGGUCACUAAUGCUGCUAUUUCGGUGGACCCUUUCGAUAUAGCUCUGAAAACAAGUUUGUCAAAGGCAAAAUUGUCUGCAGAGGAUGUUUACUAUAAUGAAUAUGAACACAGGGUAUCACCGAUAACAACCUCAGUCGACCUUACGUAUGGCGAAAUAAGGUUGGAUAUGGGUGAAAUGAUUGGCCUUAGCAUAAAUGUUUUCAAACACGAUGCCGAAAGAUUUAUGCGCCUGUUUCAGGUGUAUUCACAUUUCGGCACGGGGGAAAUUGAAAGACGAUUAUUUGCUCUCUCUAAUCAAGCGGCUUAUUUGUUAUCUGCAGAAAGUUUUGUAAUAUCCAAAAAGUCAUAUGUUACACGUGCAUACCUGCCACUCAGAUAUAUCAGCAGUAUUCAUGUUUUUCCAGACUUUCAAGUGAUAUAUCUGCAUGCUGAAAAAAAUUAUAAUGUAUGUGAGAGUGAAACUGAUAAGUUCUUGUCAGUUAUGGAAAUAUGCGCAGCAUGUAAACAACUUGGUAUCACCAUUUUGGAUGCUCUGAAAUAUGCAUAUGAAAAUUAUAUGUCAAAUUUCCAAUCCGAAAAAAUCAAAUUGAACGUACACAUUGAUCGCACUCCACAGCAUCUUGUUAAUUUCAUGUCCAAGGAAUUGCAUAAGGAUGACCCUGUACUUUAUGGAUAUUAUCUUGCACAAUGGAGACAAACGAAAUUACAUAGUAUGAGUGGAGAAGGUUAUCAACACAGUGGUUUUUUGUAUUAUAAAGAAGUUUCGAGUGGUGUUUCGUGGCUGCUUGGUUCAGCCGAUUUUCAACAGAGCUACUUUCACUUGCAAAAUAAAAAACUUUACCGGUUUUCUGAUUCUACAUGCAAAUUUGGUGAACGCGUUAUACAUGUCAGAGAUUCAGUUACCGAUGUAAUAGAACUCAAAGGUGAUGAUCGUUCACCACAUAUGUUCGAAAUUGUUCUAAAAAACAGCAGAAUUCAGUUCAUAUGUCAAAGCGCUGCUGACAUGCACAAAUGGGUUUCGCUAAUAACUCUUGCAAUCACAUCCAUGGACAUGGGUGAUGAGCCAGCAGCCUGCGUAGUGUGCUUGUGUGAAAAAAGUAUUUUAAUAGCCCAAGAGGGGUUGAACUGUGCAGCUGAUGGAUUUGUGAGAUUGCUGACGCGCAUUGACAUCGCACAUAUGUCCCAGGCUACGGGAGUAUUUGCUGCGGAGCGCUCGGCAUGUGUAAUCAAAAAUGAAGAAAAGUUUGAGUGGUUAUUCAUGAGAUCACCAAGCGAAGUUGAUCGCCUAUUGAGGCAGCUAAACCAGUUUGGGGUAAGGCAAAUUAAUACAGAAGAAGGUGGUUCGUCCCGACUGUCUGCAAUUCUAAAUUCGAUGUCACGUCUUAAUGAUGCUUUCCAAUUUGACGAUACCCUAUCGGACGAUGCAUUUGAUACAUCGCUCAAAUUCGAUAAUGUAUAA